AUGCGAGGUCAACCAGAUAUAGUAAGUGGAUCUUGGACGAGGUCAAGGAAUUCGAGAUCUGCCACGACCGGCCCGGGAACUGCUGUGACCCGCCAGAGCAUCCAUGGCAGCCGCAGGCCCCGCCCCUACCACAAGCCCCGCCCUCUCCACCUCGGAACACCAAUCCCCAAGCUCUGCCACCUCCGCAGAGCCCGCCCCUUUACCCUCACGUGCUGUCGCUAUGGACAAAUUGGUACUUUUGAUUUCUAUGAAGACAUUUUAUCCCUUGACAACUGUUUUCCAGUAGUGUUGGUGGCGCUGCUGCUGCUGUCGUGCACUGCUGGCUGCGGCUACUGGAGGAAGGAGGAAAAUCUACGAGUCCCUCCGCCUCGCAGAGCCCUCGGCCACGCCCACGCCUACGGGGACGCCCACACCGUCGGAGACACGCCCAGUGUACGGCCCGCCCUUGCCUUUCCUCCCGCCCACGCCCUACCCCCCCCGCCGCCCUACAGCGAGGCGGCCAGACCCUCCUACGACCCCCUGGACAGCACCUCUAUGACGCUAUGCUUGCAGGUCGUAGCGUGUACGACUUCUACGAUCGGCGUCACCCCAAUGCCUACUACGACCGCUACUUCCUCCCUGACGACACGUCCUCCAGUGAAACCACCUCUUUGUUGUCGUACCGUCUCCACCGGUCCUGUUCGGCGCACCUCCCACGCCAUCAUUCCCUCAGGAAGUGUGACAUGCUGGCUCCCCCGCCCUAUUCGGAGGUUGGUGAUGAAUGGUGAUAGGUGA